AUGUAUGUGACAACAGAUGGGGGACCACAGUUCAACAGCACGGAGUUUCGAAAGUUGUCUGUAGAAUGGGAAUUCCUACAUACUAUGUCUACACCACACCACCAACAAGCAAAUGGGAAGGCUGAAGCAGCUGUAAAAAUAGUGAAGCAACUGUUAAAGAAAUCUUACGAAACUAAGACAGAUUUCUGGAAAAACUUGCAGCAAUGGAGAAAUGUUCCAAACAGUGGUGAUAGUUCUCUCUCGCAGCGCAUGUUCAGCAGAAGAACUCGUUUCAACAUACCGAUGGCUGAGGCUAAAUAUGAAUCUAAAAUUCAGGAAGGAGUAAAAGAGCAAAUACAGAAAAAUCGUCAACGAGCCAAGCAGUACUAUGAUAGAAAAGUUAGAGUCUUACCAUCACUGGAGAUCGGUCAACCAGUUUUCGUUAAAAAGAAACCAACAGAUAAAGUUUGGACACCAGCCUCCGUCGUCGAUAUACCUAGCGAUCGUUCUGCAAUCGUGGAUGCCGGCGGUCAAAGAUUGUGGCGAGAUAACGUAAUGAUCAGACCAGCAACAAAUCUACCAAAGCUAUCACCGUCAACACAAACUGGAUUGCAAGACCGAAACACAGUAGAACAACCAGAUGCUAUGCAAGCUAUGGGAACAGCUUGCAGCCCAUUGGAACCCGUACCGUUAUAUACACCCUCAUCAUCAACGGAGGUACCCCCGAAAGACCGGCCUCGGAGAGCUACGCAGCUGCCGAAACGAUUUACUGAUUUUGAAAUGAAGGCCAAGUUUACAGUUACCCUGCUUCUCGUUGGAGGAAAUCUAGGCAGUACAUAUGAUUCAGAAAAUUCAAACUUAGAUUCUGCAACCACCUGUGUCGAAACUGAAACUAAAGAGCACAAAGAUGAGACUGGAAAAGAUUGGUAUUAUGACGAAAUGGAUAUGCAUGAAGUAGAGUCCUACGACGAUCAUGAUUUGCCAGAUUCGGAUUGUGACUUUGAGGAAAGUUAUAGUAGUCGUAAGCGACGGGGCAAAAGUGGUAAAGGUGGAUCCAAUUCCGUUAAAAGUAAAUCAAACAUUAUUGAUCCCAUUACUCCACGUAGAGGCCGUGGUACCGGUCGUGGUCGUGGGCGAAAAUCACAAGGUGUUGGAGAGAACCCAACCACUAAAGAAUUGGCUGAUAAUCCUGCAAAAAAAAAUCGAGCGCAGACGCUACCUGUUUUAGUUCCACGAACUGGUUCGUCUCCAUUAACUCUUCCAGAGGAGCCUGCAAUGCCUAUUUUGGUACCAGAAAAUAAAACUACUGAAGAGCUUGAAGAAAAGAGCAUAAAUAAAGCUGGUACUUCAUUAAACGCAAUGUCAAUAACGGUGCCUAAUGCCUCGCCUAUUCCGUUUCAAGAAAAAAAUCGGGCUCUACCUUCACCAUAUUGUGAUUUUUGUCUUGGUGAUGCCCGUGAAAACAAGAAAACUUUUGAACCCGAGGAUCUCGUUUCGUGUUCCGAUUGCGGACGAUCAGGACAUCCGACGUGUCUGCAAUUUACAGCCAAUAUGAUUAUCUCCGUUCGAAAAUACCGUUGGCAGUGUAUCGAAUGUAAAUAUUGCACAAUUUGCGGUACCUCGGACAAUGAUGACCAGCUUCUAUUUUGUGAUGAUUGUGAUCGUGGAUAUCACAUGUACUGUUUGUCCCCACCGCUGGUUUCCCCUCCAGAAGGAUCGUGGAGCUGCAAAUUGUGUACCGAAGAAUUUCACAAGAAGUAAUGGAAGUUUAUAAUUAAAUAUUCAAACAUGCUAUAAAAGUGCUGCACGAUGAACUAAGGACUAUGACUUGAUUAAUAUUGUCACAAGGGCUGUAUAGCAUUUACAGCUAACAUACACAUCUGAUAACGAAAUGUAAGAUAGUAAGCCGUAUCAUAGAGACUUAAGAAGUAACGCUUGUUUCUACUCAUAUUAAUAGUGUAUUGCUGAAAUUUUGCGGAAAUUAUAAAUUCCAUUCCCAUUUCAUUUAAAAUAAAAUGAUUUAUGCAUAAGAUAAGUGAUGUCGAUGAUAACGCUAGCUUUUACAGGCCAUAUUUUUAAGAUAAUUAUUGGGCGUUUUCAUAUACGCUAAGAAAAAAGCAACAGAAAAAUGAGUAAGAUUCGAUUUAUUUUAAGAUUGAGUGAAAUUCAACAAAUAAUUGAAUUAUUAUAAACUGAUUAGAUCUUUAAGUUAUUGAUACUGAGUAUUAGGACGUAAUGCUCUUCAUUUGUUUUGUUAUAUCGCUUGCUUGUAAACUAAUAUAUUUCUAUUCUCGGGUUCCUGAAAUGAACACGUAAAGCGAAAGUAAAGAAAAUGAAAAGAUACAUAACAAAAUUUUACUUAUUUUUAUACAUUUACGGUCAUUGUUUGCAACUGAAUGAAACCUCAGUCAUUGAGUUAUUUUAUACGAGUUUAUACACUCUUAAGUUUAAAGUGCCCGAAUGUAGAAUA